AUGUCCGUCCCAACAACAAUGAAGGCCGUGGUGGUCGAGCAGACCGGAGGACCUGAGGUACUCCAAUUUCGCACUUCUCACCCAGUGCCAACUCCUCAAGCCGGACAAUUGCUAGUUCGCAACAACAUCUCGGGAGUCAACUAUAUCGAUACGUAUUUCCGAACAGGACUAUAUGCCUCACCUAAACCAGAAAUUCUGGGCCGAGAGGGUGCCGGCACUGUCGCAGCUGUGGGCCCCGAAACGACCGGGUUCAACGUUGGCGAUCGCGUUGCCUGGUUGGCAACUAAUGGCUAUGCAGAGUUCACUGCUGUGCCUGCGGUAAAGACGGUCAAGAUUCCCGAGGGGAUCAGCGAUGAGGAUGUCAUGGCCUCGUUUCUGAGCGGCUUGACGGUGCUUGCUUUUGCGAAAGAGACCUACCCCGUCCAAAAGGGUGAUUGGGUCCUUUUGCAUGCUGCCGCUGGUGGUGCCGGAUUCCUCAUGACACAAAUUCUCAAGACCAUGGGUGCCAAGGUCAUCGGUACUGCCGGUGGUGCGGAGAAGUGUGCCCUUGUCAAGAGUCUUGGGGCCGACGUGGUAAUUGACUACCGAAGCGAGGAGGGCAAAGAUUGGGUGAAGUUGGUCAAAGACGCUACCGGUGGUCGUGGUGUUGACGUUGUCUAUGAUUCUGUCGGCAAGGACACAUGGGAAGGAAGUCUAGAAGCUGUCAAGCGCAAGGGAACCAUUGUCUGGUUUGGCAAUGCCAGUGGCCCCGUACCGCCAAUUCCUCUUCCUAAACUUUCCCCCAAGUGCGUUAAAAUCGCUCGUCCGACACUCUUUGGAUACAUUGAGACCCGCGAGGAAUUUGAAUACUACACAAACGAGCUGUUCAGUCUACUGAAAUCGGGCCAGCUCAAGACCAAGAUCCACAAGGUUUACCCACUGGAGGACAUUGCUCAAGUGCACAAGGACUUGGAAGGACGUAAGACCAUGGGCAAGCCUCUUCUAAAGCCAUGA